AUUUUUAUUUUUAAUGGAUUAAAAGUUUGAAAAUUGGUUACCCCUAGAAUCUAAUACAAAUCUGUUAAAUAAAUAUCUAGGAAAUCUAGGAGUAAAUACUGAUUUUGCAAAUUUUGUAGAUAUUGUAAGUUUUGAACCUGAAUUUUUAAUACCCAGUAGUUUAGGAGCAUUAUUUGUUUAUCCAGAUUCUCCUGCUAUAAAUAAUUAUUUUUUUGAAUAAGGUGACAAAAUGUUUGAGAAGGCAAUUCCAGAAUCUCUUUAUUAUAUGAAAUAAAUAGCAGAGAAUGCCUGUGGGACUAUAGCAAUUUUACAUAUAUUAGCAAAUAUUCCAAAAGAAUAUUAAUUUAUAAUAAAUGAAGAAAGCUUUUGUCCUUAAUUUAUAUAGAAUACAUAAAAUAUGACACCAGAAUAAAGAGCAGAAUAUUUGAAAAAUUGUAAAUUAGAAAUAAAAAAAAAAGAUGGUUAAGUGAAAUCUUUAUAAGAUGCUCAUAAAGAAGUAGCUUAAGAAAAUUUAGAAAAUUAAAACAUUGAAUUAAAAGCAGGACAUCAUUUUAUUGCAUUUGUUUGGCAUAAUGGAAGUGUUAUAGAAUUAGAUGGAAGAAAGAAAGGUCCUAUAAAUUAUACUGAUUGUUAAUAGGAAUUAUUUUUAGAAAAAGUCAUAGAGAUUUGUUAAAAACAUUAUAUUGAGAAAGAUGAUAAAGAGAUAGGAUUUAAUUUAAUGGCAUUUUAAAUAGGAUUUGAAUGA